UCUCUCAUCAAACAACAAACAACAACAAAAUUUAACAAAAACCCUCGAUGUGAAUCUGACACGAAUAUGAUGACGGAGAACGCUGUGCCAGAUCAGUCGGGUGGAGAUUGGGGAGUGUGUGGACCCGAGGAUGAGAGAGACAAUGACAGAGCAGAGCUGAGAAUCGUCCUGAUUGGUCGAACAGGCUCGGGCAAGAGUGCCACAGGAAACACCAUCCUAGGACGACGUCACUUCCUGUCGGCCAUGAGAGCAAGUUCAGUGACCCGUGUGUGCGAGCAGAGCAGUGCGGAGCUGCCUAAGGAAGAGGAGUACGGCAUGAGGAAGAGGCUGUUGGUCGUGGAUAUGCCGGGAUUUGGCGACACACGGCUCGACCCGAGUCACAUUCAGGCUGAGAUCGCCAAGUGUGUGGCGCUAACGGCGCCCGGUCCGCAUGCGUUCCUGCUCGUGGUUCCUCUGGGACGCUACACAGAGGACGAAGACCGAGCUGUCACGGAAAUGAUCCGUGUGUUUGGCGAGAAGGCGGUGCUCCACCACACGGUGGUGCUGUUCACCCGCGGAGAUGAGCUUGAGGAAGGAGGUUUGGAGAGUUUCCUGGAUGAGUCUGCUCCGGAACGACUGAAGGCUCUACUAUGGAGAUGCGGCGGUCGAUACCACGUCAUCAACAACAGAGAACCCGAAAACAGGACGCAAGUGCGAGCCCUACUGCAAACGAUGGAGAGGAUGGUGGAGGAUGCAGGAGGAGCGUGCUACACCAGUAAUAUGUUCCUGCAGGCCGAACAAGCCAUCCGAGAUGAACAGGAGCGACGGAUGAGUGAGGAGCGAUUGCAGCGAUGGAGGGGUCGAAGGGCAAGUGGAAGGGCGGUUAGCAGGCGUCAGGCCCUGCGAUCCACUCUGAACCGCUUUAGAACUGAAGCCGCUCUCUCUGGGAAAGUUCUGGAGCGUGUAAAGGUGCUUGUUGCAGCCGGGGCCACUGGAAUGGCGGUGGGGGUUGUUUUUGGGGCCGCAGCACCUCUUGCUGUGGCGGCAGGGGCGUCAGUGAUGGGUGGAUCAGUGGGGUUAGCGGCAGGGCAACUGGCGGGAGUCUCCGUGGCCGGGACCGCAGGUGUAGGCAAAGCGUUUGGCGCAAUAGUUGCAGCCACCACUGGAAAGACAGCUGUAGCUCUGGGAGCAGCGACUGGAGGGGUGCUGGGAGGGUCGGUGGGUGCGUUGGCCGGGGCGGAGGCUGCAGGACCGCGAGAGGCAGCUGUAGAGGCGCUAGAGCAGGUUGGAACAAUGGGUGCAGCAGUGGUGGGCGUGGCUGCAGGAGUGGGUGGGGCUGUAGGGGCGGGAGCAGUGAUGGGGGCGGUGCUAGAGGCUGGAGCAAUAAGUAGUGCAGCGAUAACAGGAGCUGAAACUGCAGCGGGAGCUCUAAGUGUUGCUAACGCAAUGGCAGUGGCCACCGGGGGCAGUGUAGCAGGUGCUGUACAGUCUGUAGGGGGCGCUGUGACCUCCUGUGCCAGUUCAGCCGGAGGUUUAUCAGGAGCGCUGGAUGGCGUCGGAACAACCGCACGGAUUCUGACCGCUGUAGCCGAGAUUGGAAAAGCAGCGGUGGGAAUUGCACUUGCUGGCGGGCUGGUAGUGAAAGUGGUGAAGGAAAAAAUUAGAUCAGGAAGCGGAGCUGCCGAAAACAAUUACACGGAACGAAACUCCUACGAGAUCUACUGGAACAAAUAAACGCAUGGUGCUGUUUGACAUUCUUGAAUGAAGCUACUGUUUAUGAUUGACUUUAGAUCAUAUUACUCGCAUUUACAGUUUGAAAUGCCACUAUUUACAUUUUUCUGAGACAGGCCUUGAAAUUUGAGACGACAACAACAAUCAACAUCAGCACUUUUUACCCCGUUUUGGGAAAUGUUUUGACUACAGCUUUUAUCUAGUGAAUAAUAUAAACCAGCACAAUCCGAUUCAACCGUUCAGCAUCUUCAGUUAUAAAGGUUUGACAAACUUUAGUGAAUUUAUGGUUGAACUGCUAAACAUUGCUGUGUGUUUGAUAGAUCAUAACAGCUAUUGAGUACUUUUCUGCAAAGGUUUGAGUAGUUUGGGUUGGUUUAGUGACAUCAGCAUGUGAUCCGUUCAAAGUGUGAUGAGACUGAAAAUCUGUGUGUUGCAGUUGCACAAAAUAAACAUAAAAAUGUCAAUAAAACCAUGUUGUUUUCAU